AAAGUCCUUUCACUCUCAACGACGGUCUUUGAACCUUCAACUUUUCUACACAAUUCUCAACUCUAUCCGUUGAAACUUCAAAACCACCAAAUUAAACCGGUAAACUUCAACCUCAAUCUCAUAGUCAUCCUUAUAUAUCUAUCUUAUACUUGAAAUUCCUGAUGAUCUGUAACUUUUAUCUUUUAACGCCAUGAAAGACCGCCGGAAACGUGUUUCUCUGUUCCUCAUCCUCCUCCUCUUCAUCUUCACCUUCACUCUCUCCACCCUUCGCCUUUUAUUCACCGAGAAAUAUCAUCCCAACUUAUUAUCUUCUUGGAUGACGUCACCGGCGGAAGUUAUUUCCGGUGAUUUACCGACACGAACUGGUAUAUCAAUUGGAGAAACGGUGUCGUUUCCCGACCAGGUACUGAUUUUACUAAAAUACCCUCCAUCAAGUCCGUUAUUAACAAAAGAAGAAUUCGCCUGCGUUUAUUUUUCUCCAAAUACAUCCCAGAAAUCAUAUUCAUCACCGUUAUCAAUCGACGGUGAAUAUCUCGGUCACCAGAUCGUACGCUGCGAGGUUCCGCCACGUGGCACGAUCGCAUCGGUUGGCUUAAAAGCUCGUGCUAAUCACGAUCUCCAGCCGGGCCCCACACAUGACUGGAAGUCGUUAGCUUAUGAAGCUUUGAUCGACCGUGAUAACACCACGGUUGUGUUCGUGAAGGGGCUUAAUCUACGGUCAGGAAGGCCCUCCAAUGCUUCCAAGUUUGAGUGUGUGUACGGCUCAGGGCAGUUGGUGUUGAGAUCAGAAGUUGUAUCAAUUGCACAAGAGAUCGUACGGUGUAAAACCCCUUUAAGCAUUUUAACACGGAAACCAAAUGAUGUCAAAGUGUCUGUUAAAAUUAAGGGCCGGGGGGUUUUGGGCUCCAUUGCCCGGCCCGGGUUAUGGGCUGGACCCGAACGGCCCAUUUUGAAUAAACAUAUGGUGUGUGUAUGCACUAUGCUCCGAAACCAAGCCCGGUUUUUGCCUGAAUGGGUCAUGUACCAUGCCCGAAUCGGGGUUGAACAUUGGUUUGUAUAUGAUAAUAAUAGUGACGAUAAUGUUGAAGAAGUUAUAGGAUUGUUGAUGGAUCAAGGGUUUAAGAUUAGUAGACAUGUGUGGCCUUGGAUCAAGACCCAAGAAGCCGGGUUCGCCCAUUGUGCGUUACGGGCUCGGGAUUUUUGUAAAUGGGUUGCUUUUAUUGAUGUGGAUGAGUUUAUACAUUUGCCGUAUGGGGAUCGUUUGGGAAGCGUUAUUAACAACCAAAGUAGUAGACAUGACGUAGCAGAGUUACGAGUAUCAUGUCAUAACUUUGGGCCGUCGGGUCUGAAACAAGUCCCACUGGAAGGGGUGACGGUGGGGUACACUUGUCGGUUGGGGAUCCCUGAGCGACACAAGAGUAUAGUCCGGCCUGAUAAACUGGACCCAACAUUGAUCAACAUUGUGCAUCAUUUUCAUUUGAAAGAUGGCUUCAAGCAUGUGAAUGUAGAUAGGAAUUUGAUGGUGAUUAACCACUAUAAGUUUCAAGUUUGGGAGGUGUUUAAGGAAAAGUUUUAUAGGAGAGUGGCCACUUACGUUUCGGAUUGGCAACAAGAGGAAAAUGUUGGAUCUAAGGACCGAGCCCCGGGUUUGGGAACCCGAGCGGUUGAACCGGAUGACUGGUCUAGUCGGUUUUGCGAGAUAAACGAUACCGGUUUAAAGGAUUGGGUUGUAAAGACGUUUAGUGACCCAUUAACAGGUAGUCUACCAUGGCAGCAAGAAUAAUGAGUUUUGUGAAGAUUUUCUGAUGAUACUUAAUUGGAGAGGAUUUUUAGAUAUAAAAGUGAUCCGUACACACAAGAUCUAGUAUCACUGACUUCCACUAUAGCUGUCGGAGGUUGUAACUUAUCAUGUAUAUGUAACUAUUCUUCGUAUAAAAGUUUCACCCCUUGUUGAAUUCGUAUAGUUACAAACCAAGAUUUUCUUUUAUCGGGUCACUUUUUGAAUAUGGGCCGUGAAUAGAGAUCAUUCUUUGUAUAUUACACGGAAAAAAACGAUGGUCAAAUACUAAAUAGCACAAAGUUUCCUCCCUUGUUGGGUUCAUACAGAUACAAACCAAGAUUUUCUAUUAUCCGGUCACCUUUUAAAUAUGGGUCGUGAAUUGGGAUUACUCUCCGUAAAGGUUCCUCCCUUGUUGAA